CACCUCAGUGCAAGACGGUGAGCUGCAUUGAGCCAGGAGUCCCUGGAAAGUCGCACGAGAAGUACUAGUGUUGCAUAUUGUUCUCUUCAAAUAUCCACUUCGCAAACUUUGCUGCCUGGCUUCUUUCAUGAGCUAUAUAGCCAGUAACGUGUCCUCGAGCUUACUAUCGCGCUGAGAUUCCCAAGAUGGCAAACACAAACCAUAUGCACAAUCUAACCACGCUUAUCAAGCGGUUGGAGGCCGCUACCUCACGUUUGGAGGAUAUGGCUAUGACUUUUGAAGAUGCCAGUUCCUCAAAUCGUGGUGGUACUGCUGCUGUACCUACUCCGACGAUACCUGCUCCUGAGCCGCCCAAACCCGAAACUCCCCUGGCGCCUGCGGUCCCUUCAGUGCCUCCGCAAAUAGAGGAUUUCGAUGCAUUGAUCAAGGGGGAAGUACAGAACUUUGUGGAUCUAGGUGGGAAGAUUGGUGGCCUGGUUACAGAUCAGUCUAAGGCAGUCCUACAAGCGUUCGAAGCCGAACGGGUCUACCUCUAUGUCUCAACCAAGGCGAAGAAGCCGCAAACCCUUCCCCCCGAACUUAUGGUCGAUCUGCAUAAGGCUUCCGAUACCAUCAACAACCUCCGGGAAUCUAACAGGCCGUCUCCGCUCUUCAACCAUCUGAGCGCUGUCGCGGAGGGCAUUGUCGCUUUGGGUUGGUUUUUCGAGACUAAGCCAGCCGACUUUGUGUCCGAGAUUCUGGCUGGUGUUGAAUACUACGGCAACAAGGUUCUGAAAGAAUACAAAGACAAAGAUCGUACGCAUGUUGAAUACAUACAAGCUUACUACCAGAUCUUCAAGUCUCUUGCCACAUACCUAAGGAAACACUACCCGAAGGGUUUGACCUGGAAUGACCCAAGUGGCAUUGAUGCCCUGGAAGCCCUAGGGCAAGUCAAGACGGGCUCUACACCUAGCUCUGCCAAAGGGGUGCCGCCGCCACCUCCCCCUCCUCCCCCGGUGCCAACUCUCAAUGUUUCUGGAGGAGGAGCGCCUCCGCCGCCGCCGCCUCCACCACCUCCAGGUGUUAUCCCAGCGCCAGCUGCGACUGCGACUGCCCCAGAUAUGUCUGCGGUCUUUGAGCAGUUAAACCAGGGGGAUGCGAUCACCGCUGGACUCCGAAAGGUUGACAAGUCUCAAAUGACACACAAGAAUCCCAGUCUCCGUGCAGGUUCUACCGUACCAGAUGAGCAUGUCAAGUCUCGCGGUAAAUCGCCGGCCCCAAGCAAGAAGCCAAAGCCAGAGAGUAUGCGAGGCCGCAAGCCGCCACGCAAGGACCUCGAAGGCAACAAGUGGCUUGUUGAAAACUUCGACAAUCCGGGAGAGAUUGUCGAAAUCUCCGCUCAACAGAACCAGUCGAUUCUCAUCAGCCGAUGUAACAAGACCGUUAUCAAAGUCUCAAACAAAGCUAAUGCUAUCUCAAUCGACAACUGUGCGGGACUUUCUAUCAUCGUUGACUCACUCGUCAGCAGCCUGGAAGUUAUCAAGUGCCCCAAGUUUGCCCUUCAGAUCGACGGUGUAGUCCCAACUGUUCUCCUUGAUCAAGUUGACGGUGCCACGAUUUACCUGGGCCUGGAAAGCUUGGGCACAGAGGUUUUCUCAAGUAAGUGCACAAGCGUUAACCUCAUGCUCCCUCCCAAAGAGGGCACGGACGAAGAUACCAAGGAGUGCCCCAUACCGGAACAGAUCAAGAGCUAUGUCAAGGAUGGUAGCGUUGUGACGGAGAUCGUGGAGCACCUCGGAUAAUUUAGCAUUGGUUGGUAUUUUGUGUGGGUUUACUGUCGGUGAAUCUCCUGUUUUUAUCCUGUAAAAUGAGCAUCUGUGAAUUCCCUUUUGUGGUUAGUCUUGCCGUCUCCAGCAUGGUCGCCCGAUACGCCGUCUGGUAAUCACCGCCCGUGUUGGCCUGCGGACCCAUCUCCGGACUUCUUUUCAUGCUUAGCUUGCAGAGUAUUGCUCCUGUGUAUCACCUUGCAACUUCUUUUCUUGGAUCCCCAUAAUUUUUUAACUCUCCAUAAUAUUUUUCAAAGCCCCACUGCUUUUGAACAGUCAUCCUUUUGUUCAGUCUAUCGGUCCGUUGUGGGAUUCUGUUCUGGUCCUCAGGUUAUCAAAAAGAUGCAUCCCGACUUUGACUUUGAAAGGACUUUUUUGUCAUAUGUCUUUUAACCAUUUGAUAUUUGGAGACCCUCUACAUUACUUUUGCCGAUGACAAUCUGACAGACUGUUCGUGAAGGACCUCAAGUUAUGGAGGAGCUACUGUAUGAACGACGAUCCUACAUUUACCUGAGAAAUUUUCAAUUAAUUAUUAUAUUACUGCCCAUAUUACUCAUUUAUGCACACGCGUGCAAUUCCUCUUGCAAUUCCUCUUACCUUCAUUAUUAGACGAUAUAAAGUCGUUUUCGCCUGUGCAAUUCUCCUCUACACAGAUGCUUCCCACAUGACUCCGCCCGCCUUUUCAUCGGUCGGUAAUUCAGUUGCGAGCAGUGAAAGUCAAUGAUCAGGGCCCGUCCCAGCUCAGCAUUCCACAGAAUAUUGGCCAGUCGGAGGUCCCCGUGCAAGACUCCUAGGGAAAGGAUCUCCUUCUCAGACCUCGCAAUCUCACGUGUCCUCUUAUCACGCUCAAUCUGAGGUAUAGGCUCACCCCCCAGGCCAUGAUAAGCAUGUGGCGGAUCUCGCCAGCUCCAUGUACGAAGUAGGGUUUGGCCAAAUCGAUUGGCCCCAGGAAAACAGGAACAGCAGAUCCCUGUGCUUGGUCAAGUACACGGUAUACGACUUCCUCACGUUUGACCUCCUCCCACCGUCGGGAAGUCGUUCCUUUACCGACCAUAGUAUAUCCAUAUGCCGUACAAGUGACUUUAAAUGGGACUCCC